CUGUCUGAGUCUGGCUGGCAGCGGCUAAAAUAUAACGAAGUCAGAUCGGGAAUGUGGCUCGAUGAGGUUCCCUCGACUUUCCGGUUCGCCUCAAGCUUACGUGUGUGUGGUGGUAAUUUGAUUCAUAAAUUCGUUCUCCCAUCCCAGCCCAGUCCGGUUACCUAAAUGUAUAGAUAUGGGUAGCUAUAUUAUCUGUAUGGAGAAACCCUGCCCGUUGGCCGUGUGAUGAGUUUUAUGCUACACUAUUUUGUAAGAGACAUCAUUCCGCAAGCAAGUGUCGGGGAUAGCAAACCUGUGCUACGUGCAACUGAACAACUGCUCCACGUAUACAAAUUAAAUCCAAUUAGUAUUCAAAAGCUAUUCUUUCACCACAAUCUCGUCUCAGGUGUGCUGAUUUUGGGUGGAAAAAAUACGCAAAUAGCCUUGACAUUAUAGUAGAUAUAAUAAACGAGACAAUCGUGUUCGGUUCGGGGCGUGGAAUGUUACUUGAGUGAAGAUCAUUGAUCAGGCAGGUAUCCAAAGUUGGGAAAGUUCUCCCCAUUUGCUGGCAUAGAUGAAAAUAUUAUGAUGAGUUCGGCCAGAGGAACGGAUGAAACGGACCGCAGUGCAGUGGCCAAUGGCGAUCAGCUCCAAAACAAUGAUUCCAAGGGCAGUAGCGCGUCCCAAAAGUUUCACGAAACCUCGCUGUCUGUGACGAACAACCUGGGCGGAUCGGAUGCGGACACACCUAAAACGACCAAUUGGGUCAAAUUCGACGACGAUGAUGGCGGCAGAAAGGAAUCUGUACCUUCACCACUUCCUCCACCAGUUACCAAAAUCGUUCCGACUUCUUCGACCAACAAUCACGAGAUCGCCCCGGCGGUAUUGCCGACAGAAUCCGUUCACGUGCAUGUAGAUUCCCGAUCACCGAGCACACCGAAACAGAUGAGCGUGCAGCCUAGCACCAGCCAACCGUCGACCCAGUUGCCAAACAGCACCAGUAUCAGCACCUCUACGAACACUAUCAGUAAGACAUCACAACCGGCCGUUAUUGAUAUCCCGAAGCACGCCGUUAACGUAGUGCAACCGAUUCAAUCCAUGAGAACCAUUGAGCUUUCGACGGGGCGCGUGCGGGAAGGAUUUGCUAAUGGAGAUGUCAUCGUCACCUUGUUGCCAACCAAUACCCGAUGGCCCUGGAUUACUCCUGCUGUUUUUAGACCUGAGCUGGUACCAGAAGAACUUAUGGCCCAGGGGCUAACGCUGACGGUGGAAGAAUACGUUCACGCAAUGGAAACCUUGGUCAACGAUUAUCGCUUCACAAUGUACAACAUCUGCUACAAACGUGUGUUGAUAGUGUGGAUAUUGUUUGCCUUCUCCGUACUUCUGGGGUUACUGUUCUCGGGUCUCUAUGGCAUAACACUGUUCUCGCUGGGUGUUGGUUGGCUGUUUUUGAAUGCGGUCGCCAUUUUCCUGUGCAUGUGGGUCAAGCUGCGCUUGGCACGCGGAUUGGAACGCUGCAUGGCCCGAGUGAACAAGCAACUUAUACGGCACAAAAUUCUCCUGGCUCUAGACGAUCGAGGGCAUAUUUCCUGUCAUAAGGUCAAUCUUUGUUUCAUGUACUUCGAGCCCUCGCAAUGCAUAAGCUAUCUGAACGAAUUUAUCGAACGCUGCGAACAGAAUGGAAACACCAUUGAACCGGGCUGGGAAACCCGACUAGAUGUGGCCGCAAAUGAUAUUGUUAUACAAGGCGCAAACACGACGCGGUUAUCCCGAAAGCAGGGUCGAGCAGAAGAAAUCUUUCUGCGAUAUCUUCAACGAUGGGGUAAGGAUUACCUGAGACGUCGUUUGGAUUGGACGAUCGAGGAAAACGGUAUCGUAUCUGCACCGCGCCACUUGCCUACGGCCUAUUGUCCCUGCCAGUACGCGGAAGAGGUCCUGCAACACAAAAAACCAAAGGAAGACCCGCGAGUAUGCUGUGCGUCGCUGAGACAACAAGCUCAAAGAUUAGGAUUUCACUUCUAAGCCGUCGUCGUCUGUUCGUAAUUUAAAAAAAAAAAUAGGACCGUACGAACAUUCUCAAUGCGCCAAAUCGAACAAUUAUAUAGUACUUAUAUUGUAAAUCGUAUUGAAAAAAAGUUUGCGAUCUGAAUAUGACUCACUGCGAACUUACAUUCCUAUACUAACAAAUACUGUAGUACAAAUCGUGCCUUUUAGGAAAAAAAAUUAUCGAGCACUAUUCUUUAUACUAACGGGUGAAGGUUUUUUCAAAACUUAAUAAAAAAUUAGACAUCUAAUUAAGAUUGACCCCUGGCUAAGCCAAGCUUAGACACUAAAAUGAAGAUUAAUUCCAAUGUUUCGGCCAUCACGCGUCUUGCUUUCCACCUGCUUUGUUACAGGAACGCGGACUUCUGCUGCUGCUACGCUACGCCUCCAGGUGGGGCAACGAGUCCAUGCGUGGGCUGAUUGAUGUGACUUCCGUUGAGCCCGGUCGCCAUUGUCGCCAGUUUCAGUGCCCUUGCCAGUACAUCGAGUUC